CGCCUGAGCUGUGAACGCUCACACGUCUACUGGACCUGAGUGAAAACACCACUGGAAUCACUGCUUUCUUCACCAGCAGCUGCUCCGUGCACACAGGAAUCAGGAAAUCAUAACUGCAUCAGUGUCUCAGCGCUUGUAGUGUAUUGUAGUUUACUGUAUCAAAAAACAGCCAUGUUAACGUUACACAUGAAUGGUGACAUGAGCAAGACCGAGAAGAUCCAAGAUGAUCCAGACGAAGUGAUGAUGAUGGAGGAGGAAGAGGCUUGGGAACUGGCUCAGGACACCGAUCUGAACUCUUCCUCAUGUCUCACAUCGGCACAGAGCAGCACCGAGCUCAUUUUUGAUGGAGUGGAUGUUGCAGAGGAAGCCAAGUCAAUAUCAGAGGAGAGGAAGACAACAGAGCUGGAAGACUUGCUGGAGUCUCUGCAGCAUCUGCAGCUGUGUCUGACGGAUGCUGAGAGUCAGCAGGAUGUUCAGCUGCUGCUGGAGCUAAUGCUGCAGUCAGACUUCCAGCAGGCGUUCAUCAUGCAUCGCAGCUUGGCUCAGAGCACGAGACACCUCUGUCUGCCGUUCCCGCUCACCGCACACGCACAGCAGCUCAGAGACGAGGUGGAGAGUGUCCUGCAGUCCAGCAAACACACCGAAGCCACAGAACUCACAGGCCUUCUGACCUCACCAAACCUGCAGGCCCUGAUGGAAGCUCAUGACUGUAUUGCCGAGCAAGAAUUGGAUGUCGAAACUAUUGAAUCCGUGGACCGGGAUGAAAAGACCACCAAACUGGUUUCCCUGGAGAAGAUUCGUGACAUGCCUUUGGGUGUGACCGUUCGGAAUGAAGAUGACCGUGUAAUCAUCAGUCGAGUGGUGAGCGGCGGGACGGUUGAGAAAAGCAACCUGCUCAGUGAAGGAGAUGAAAUCCUGGAGAUCAAUGGAGUUCCAGUCCGUGGAAAAAGUGUUAAUGAUGUUCACAACAUUUUGUCCUGCAUGCAUGGGUCCCUCAUGUUUCUUCUCAUCCCAAACUCUCAAAACAAAAUAUCGCCUCACCGACCAACCGUGAUGCAUGUGAAGGCAAACUUCAGUUAUGACCCAUCUGAGGACCCAUACGUGCCAUGCAGAGAGCUCGGCCUCUCCUUCCAAAAGGGAGACAUCCUACAUGUCACCAGCCAGGACGACCCUAACUGGUGGCAGGCGUACCGGGACGGACAUGAGGAACAGAAGCCCCUUGCUGGACUUAUACCUGGGAAGAGCUUCCAACAGCACAGAGAAGCCAUGAAGAAAACCAUUACAGAGAGAAAUCAAGAGUAUAAAGGGAAACUUUGGUGUGCAAAGAAAGGCAAAAAGCAACGGAAAAAACUCUUGUUCAAUCCUACUAAGAAUAUCGAGCAUUACACCGAGGAUAUCCUGACCUACGAAGAGGUGGCCCUGUACCAUCAGCCGCCCAACCGCAAGCGGCCCAUCGCUCUGAUUGGUCCACCUAACAGUGGACACGAUGAACUGAGACAAAGACUGCUCUCUUUAGAGCCUGACCGAUUCGCUGGUGCUGUCCCACAUACCACACGAAACCCCCGUGCACACGAGGUCAACGGCAGGGAGUACAACUUUGUAUUCCGACAGCGCUUUGAAUCUGACCUGGCUGCGGGGAAAUUCAUUGAGUCGGGCGAGUUUGAACAGAACCUGUACGGCACAAACACAGAUUCAGUCAGACAGGUUGUCAACUCAAGGAAAAUCUGUUUGCUGUGUCUGCAUCCCAGGUCCCUGCGAGUGCUGUGUUCCUCAGAUCUUAAACCAUACAUCAUCUUCAUCAGGCCUUCUCCUCCUCCUCAGGAGCGUUUCUCCACCCUGCUGAUCAGAGGAGUGAAGAAACACAUGCCUGAGGAUAUGAGAGAGACCUCGGAGAAAGUGCGUGAGAUGGAGCACAGCUACGGUCACUUGUUCGAUGCGGUCAUCACAAACAGUGAGCCGGAGAAGAGCGUCUCUGAGCUGCUGAGACUCGUCGACAAACUGGACAUCGAGCCGCAGUGGGUCCCUUCAGCCUGGGUCAGCUAAAAAACACUUGCAGUUCAGAAGAAAUCAUGUGUUUUCUGUGUUGAAGGCUAGAAAUGUUCAGUUUGAAAUGGUACUAUCACUGCAUAUUGUGCACAUUAUGCUAAAUUUGUGUGUGUCUGCUUGUUAAAGGAAAUGUUUUCCCCUUAAAAUGAAAAUCUCCUCACCCUCAGGCCAUCCGAGAUGUAGAUGAGUUUGUUUCUUCAUCAGAUUUAUAGAAAUGCAUCACUUGCUCUUAUUUUCUAAACAUAGACUCAUAUCUUCAAAAUAUUUCCUCACCAUGGAGGAUAUUUAAGAGCAGUUUCAUAUAGCUUUAAGUCUAUUUCCAUGAUCUUAUAAGGUGAUGUAUUACACAUUAAAGCUGCAGUAGGUAACUUUAGUAAAAAAAUAUUUUUUACAUAUUUAUUAAACCUGUCAUGAUGUCCUGACAGUAGAAUAUGAGACAGAUAAUCUGUGAAAAAAGUAAAGCUCCUCUGGCUCCUCCCAGUGUCCUAUUGCCAUUUGCAGAAAUACAUCGCUCCCGUUGAAGAAACAACCAAUCAGAGCUGCGGUCCGUAACUUUGUUUGUGUUCAAAAUGUAGAAAAAUGUAUAUAAUAAGCGAGUACACCAUGAAUCCAUUUUCCAAACCGUGUUUUUAGCUUGUCCUGAAUCACUAGGGUACACCUAUAAUAAGUGUUUAUAUUCGGACUAUUUUAGAUUGCUUCGGGGGUCCCGCGGCGGAGUAACCCAGUACCUUUGUGAUUCUUCAUAGACAUAAACAGAGAGAAGUAGUUCCGGCUACGAUGUUCUUCCGCAAGACGCAAGCAGUUCUGUUUAUCAACCGCUAGAGCGUCAAAAGUUCCCUACCGCAGCUUUAAUGACAUUGUUGAAUGUGAAACUUGUGUAUAAUUUGAAAAUACUGAAAUCAAAACUAAUGUUAAAAUUGUUUUUCAUUAAAUGGUUAAAUGGUGUAAUGGUAUAAAUGCAGUGCUUGAUAUUUGGAGUGCAAAACCACUGAAGCAACUCUUAAUUUCUUGCUUUAACAUUUAUUUUUGCUAUGAAAUGUUAUGAAUAUGUGAAUUAGAUUUUUUUUUUUUUUGUUGCAAAUUUUAAUAUAAUAUUGUUUGAUAUAAUGCAAUAAUUUAUAUGGAAGCCCUUUCUGCCACUGGAUUAAAAACAAUAAAUAAAUUGAGAGGAAAUUC